GCGGAAAUGAAGUUCCAUCUGCUGCUGAUCGGUGUCGCCGUAUGUUUGGGUCCGCUGCCCGGAUCGGAGGCAGGGGUGACGGAGGAGCAGAUGUGGUCCGCCGGCAAGCUGAUGCGCGACGUCUGCCUGCCCAAGUUCCCCAAGGUCAGCGCGGAGAUCGCCGACGGCAUUCGCGGCGGGAAUAUACCAAACACCAAGGACAGCAACUGCUACAUCAACUGCAUCCUGGAGAUGAUGCAGGCGAUCAAAAAGGGCAAGUUCCAGCUGGAGGCGACGCUCAAGCAGAUGGACAUCAUCAUGCCGGACAGCUACAAGGACGAGUACCGCAGGGGCAUCAACCAGUGCAAGGACUCGACGGUGGGCCUCAAGAACGCCCCCAACUGCGACCCCGCCCACGCCCUGCUCUCCUGCCUGAAGAACAACAUCAAGGUGUUCGUGUUUCCCUAGAAAUCCCUAUCUGCAUCCGCAUCCGCAAGCGAUAAAUCAGAUCAAAAUGUCCAUUGACCAGAGAACCCCGUCCCCUCCCUCGACCAGAUCAAUAA